ACAGAUGAGGAAACAGGUUCAAAACCAGCUGGUGUCAAGGCAGGGACAAGAAACCUAGGCUCCAGACUUUCUCAAAUUCUAAUCCCAUCACCCUAAACUGAUUCCUAUUAACUGGGACCACUCUGGGUUGGCCAGGAGAGGUGGAGCGAUGUGGGGCGGGGCUGAGAGGGAUGAAGCUGGGACCAAGGCCCGGGUCCCAGUCCGGGGCAGAAACUGGUCCUCCCUCGGAUUGGAGGGUGGAGGGAGGCCUGACUGCAGACAGACAUACAGGUUCCCAGGAAGGGAAAGAGGAGGCACCCUGGAACCCAGGAAAGGAGUGGAGGAAGGUCCUAGUUAGAGGCGGUGUUCCUGCAGCCCUGACCAUGGGUGUAAGGCUGUGAGAUGGACAAUGGGACGGCUGCUGACCGUGAAGGCACUGCUGCCGGGGUUGCUCCCCGUGCUUCUGCUGCUGUGGCCACCACCGCAGGCGGGAGCGCGCUGUCCCGAGUUCUGCAGUUGCAGCCCAGAUGGCGCCCUGCGCUGCCCGGACGCUGGUCCGGGCUUCACCAGGCUAUCACUUACCUAUCUCCCUGUCAAAGUCAUACCUUCACAAGCUUUCAGAGGACUUAGUGAUGUCUUAAUAAUUGAAAUCUCUCAGAGUGACUCGUUGGAAAGGAUGGAAGCUAAUGCCUUUGACAGCCUCCUCAAUUUGUCUGAAAUACUGAUCCAGAAUACCAAAAAUCUGGUGUACAUUGGACCCGGAGCAUUUACAAACCUUCCACGGUUAAAAUAUCUGAGCAUCUGUAACACAGGCAUACAAAAGCUCCCAGAUGUUACGAAAAUCUUCUCAGCUGAAUUUAAUUUCAUUUUGGAAAUUUGUGAUAACUUACACAUAACCACCAUCCCAGGAAAUGCUUUUCAAGGGAUGAAUAACGAAUCUGCGACACUCAAACUAUAUGGAAAUGGAUUUGAAGAAAUACAAAGCCAUGCGUUCAAUGGGACGACACUGAUUUCACUGGACUUGAAGGAGAAUAAGAACCUGAGGAAAAUGCACAACGAUGCCUUGAGAGGGGCCACAGGACCCAAUGUUUUGGAUAUUUCUUCUACCAAGCUGGAGGCACUGCCUAGUUAUGGGCUGGAAUCCAUUCAGGUGUUAAUUGCCACAUCGUCCUAUUCCCUAAAGAAAUUACCACCCCGGGAAAAAUUUGUCAAUCUUCUGGAAGCCACCUUAACUUACCCCAGCCACUGCUGUGCAUUUAUAAACCUGCCAACAAAGGACCAGAAUGUUUCACUUUUCAUUUUUGAAAACUUUUCCAAACAAUGUGAAAGCACAGCAAGGAAACCAAAUAAUGAAUCAUUCUAUUCUGCCAUCUUUGCGGAGAGUGAAUUAAGUAUCUGGGAUUAUGACUAUGGCUUCUGCUCACCUAAAAUACUUCGAUGUGCUCCUGAACCAGAUGCUUUUAAUCCUUGUGAAGAUAUCAUGGGCUAUGACUUCCUUAGAGUCCUGAUUUGGCUCAUAAAUCUCCUAGCAAUCAUGGGAAACUUUACUGUCCUCUUUGUCCUACUGACCAGUCAUUAUAAAAUGACGGUACCCCGCUUUCUCAUGUGUAAUCUCUCCUUUGCCGAUUUUUGCAUGGGGCUCUAUCUGCUACUUAUCGCCUCAGUUGAUUCUAAAACCAAAGGUCAAUAUCAUAAUCAUGCCAUUGAUUGGCAGACAGGAAGUGGUUGCAGGGCCGCUGGCUUUUUCACUGUGUUUGCAAGUGAACUUUCUGUCUACACACUCACUGUAAUCACUCUAGAAAGGUGGCACACUAUAACAUAUGCCAUGCAACUAGAUCGAAAGCUACAAUUGAGACAUGCAGUGCUGAUUAUGCUUGGAGGGUGGCUAUUUUCCACGAUAUUUGCAGUGUUGCCCCUUGUGGGUAUUAGCAAUUACAUGAAGGUUAGCAUUUGUCUCCCCAUGGAUAUCGAGACCACCCUCUCCCAAGCAUAUAUACUGAUCAUCUUGGUAAUCAAUGUGGCUGCCUUCAUCAUCAUUUGUGCUUGUUAUAUUAAAAUUUACUUUGCAGUCCAGAAUCCAGAGCUUGUAGCUGCCAACAAGGAUACAAAGAUUGCCAAGAAAAUGGCAAUACUAAUAUUCACUGAUUUUACCUGCAUGGCACCUAUCUCAUUUUUUGCCAUCUCAGCUGCAUUCAAAGUACCCCUCAUCACUGUGACCAAUUCCAAAAUUUUACUGGUACUAUUUUAUCCAGUUAACUCCUGUGCAAAUCCAUUUCUGUAUGCAAUUUUCACAAAGGCAUUCCGGAGAGAUUUUUUCCUUUUACUGAGCAAGUUUGGCUACUGUAAAAACCGAGCAGAACUUUACAGAAUGGAGAAUUUUUCAGGUUACACCUCCAACUGCAAAAAUGGCUCCACUGGAGCAAAUAAGGCCCCCCAAAACACGAUGAAGUUGUCCACUUUCAAAUGUCAGUACACCACUGUCCUGAAAGAGACGUGUAGCAAAGGAUGCUAACUGUAAUGGAACUGUCUCACGGCAGGAUCACAAUUGUAUAAAUACUACUGAAAUUAAAGUUUGCUUCUUCAAUUUUAUUUGUUAGCUAUCAGUGAUGUUUACAUAAAUUAUUUGUUUUGCACAAUCAUUUGCUCUUAAGAGUGGCUAUGUGGAAUAAUGCAUAGGAAUCUGGUCUUGAAGCCAGGAAGACCUGGGGGUAAAUCCAGCCUCUGGUGCACACUGGCAAGGCAAAUUUUUAACCUCUGAAUGUAAAGGAUGCUCUCUAAGACUACAAGAUGCAAAGAAGUUGACAGCCUAUAUUGGUGAAGAGAAUUUCCUAACCUGAGAUAUGUCUAUACCAGUAAAAUCACAGGUCUAGACCCUGUCUCUGUCUUAUUGGUUCUUAGAUUCAUAGGGCUGAAUUAGACCUCUAGAGCAUUGCAUCCAUUCUCCUUCCAAAGGGUGCUGAGAUGUUCAUAAACAAUGUAAGCAUUCAAUAUCCUUAUUUGCUCUGUGCAGCUUUUAAGCAUCCUAAGAAUAUAAAAAUGUUUUAUUUGUUGUUUGGUAAAUGAAAUGUAUUAAAGAAAAUAGAGCUUUCUUAGAGGCACCAUCUUUUUACUUUCAAUAGAAGAAAAUUUUGACAUACUAUAAUGUUUUUGGUGGUAGACAAAUGCAAAGGUUAACUAUCUGGUAGGUAGGGACAUUAUUUGAUAGUAUCUUUAGUAUCUGUCACAGUGGUUUUCAUUUGAAGUAUUGGGGGUUGGGGGGUUGUAGACUCUCGACUUUUCAUUAAAUACAUUUAAAGUCAUCAUUACUUGCCUGUUUCUCAACACAUCUAUUCCAAUCCUUUUUUGAUGGCACAACAAAAACUGGCUCUAAAUACAUUGUAUACUUAUUAAAAUCUUGCUUCUUAAUAUGAGAAGAUUCUCUCCCCCCCAAAUCUUUGCAAAGUUGUGGUCCACACGUGCGUAAUGUCACAGAGAAUGUCAAACUUGUUUGAUAUAUUGAUUACUUUUGUUAAAUGUUUUCUUCAUUGUUUAUUCUUUGUAACUAGGGAGUGACCCUCUGGGUGAAGAGACACAAUAGGAAAUUUAAUGACACUAAAACAUAAUAAAUAUUAUUUUUAA